AUGUCGUUCUGGAGCUCCUACCGCUCCCUCUCGCCCAAGACAAGGGCCCUGUUCGGAAUCGGGGUGAUGGCCUGGGCCUCCAUCGGAUUGUGGUCGUCGCCGCAAGUGGAAAAUGCUAUGGGAAUGGCGCCUACGAAGGAAGAGCAAGAGGAGCUGGAUCGGAAAUUGGCAGUCCGGGUGUCGAGGGUUGAGAAAGGAGAGAGGAAGUAG